AGGUGUCGUCCUUGUCGUAAAAUCCAAAACCCAUAAACCCUAAUACUCCAGAGUUUCGUCGCAGAGCGUACGAAAAUGCAUUUCGUCGCGAGAUCAUUGACGAGAACCUUGAAAUCUUCUUCCUUGACCACGAUCAAGCGAUCACGGGUCCUCUCUCAGCAGUUUCAUUCUACGAUUUGUACGAAUAGUGGCAGUUCUCGCGGCAGAAGCAGUUCGACGAACUCGGGAUCGCCGGAACCGGCAAAGGCCCCGGCGACGGAGACGGAGUGGCCGCGUCCGAAGGAGAUACCGUACCAGCCCAAGGUGGCGAACUCGGUUAACUUGAUCGGGUACGUGAACCAACCUGUGCAGUUCGAGGCUUCCUCCGACGGCAAGUUCUGGGCCGGCACCGUCGUCUCGCACGGCUCUUCAUCUGAUUCCAGUUCGGUGUCGGAUUCGGACCAUAAUCUCUGGAUACCGGUAAUAUUUGAAGGAGAUUUAGCUCGUACUGCCGCUUGCCAUUUGAAGAAGGACGAUCGGAUUCAUAUUGCUGGGCAACUGUUUGUGGAUAUCCUUCCUUCUGGAGCGAAUCUUGGCCAAGCCAAUGUUCAGGUGAUGGUCCAAAGUCUCCACUUUGUUGAUAAUUCUCUAGCAACAAAAGCUUUUGCAAUGUCGGAUCAAGAAGGUGUCUUGAAACAUUCUGCUAACGUUACAAGGUUUGGAGGUGUAGGAGCUGAACGCUGGCAUGACCUUCUCCAUAAUCCUGAAGAAUGGUGGGAUUAUCGUGAAAACAAGCAGAAUGGGAUGGUAAAUCCUAAACAUCCAGAUUUUAAAAAGAAAGACGGAAGUCUUGCUCUUUGGCUUAAUACAGCACCCAAAUGGGUUUUGUCUGAUCUCGAAGGUGUUAAGUUUGACACUCCAGUUUCCAAGCCACGGCAAGUGAAACAGGAUAACGGAGGUGAAUCAUGGACCGACUUGCUUGCAAACCCGAGUAACUGGUGGGACAAUAGGCUGGACAAGAAACAUCCGAGAUCUCCGGACUUCAAGCACAAAGAAACCGGUGUAUCUCUGUGGCUGAGCGAUUCCCCGAGUUGGGUCCUACCGAAGUUGCCUCCUCUGAAGGGAAAAGCGGCUGCAGCCUCUGAGAAAGACGAUACAUGGAUAUCUCUUGACAUGAAUUGAAAAAACAAAAGAGGAGAGAGAUUCAUGGGACAGAGAGCAUUUUGUAAGUAAUUUGAAUCCCAGAGUGUCUUUCUUCUUUUCUUUUUCUUUUUUCUGAUCAACUUUUGGAUACUGAAAAUUGAACGGUUCUUUCCAAUCUGUUGUCUUUAACCAGAGAUUGGAUCUCUCUGUUUGCCCAAAGAUUGCUUCUUUUUCCACUAUAAACAGGGUGAUGAAAGGACUUGGGCCAAUUUUUGUCUC